CUUCAGUGUUCAAGUCUAAUGGAACUCGUUGAAUUUUGUCCAAUUUCACACUUCCAAUUCAACAGCAAGAUAUACAAACAGAUGAAAGCAACUCCAAUGAGAUCACCAAUAUCCGGAUUAAUUGCAGAAGCACUGAUGCACAGACUAGAAGCCAUCAUCCUACCUGUCAUCAAACCAAAAUUCUCGAUUCCCUAUGUGGACGACACUUUUGUCAUCAAUAAAAAAGAUAAUAUAGAAAACACUCACAGUUUGAUCAACGUUUCCAGUGACAUCAAAUUCAUAAUAAAGAGGAAGUCAAAAUACCAACUACCAUUCCUGGAUGUUCUAGUCAGUAGAAUAAAUGCUGGAAAACUCGACACCCAAGUGUACAGGAAGCCAACACACACUGAUCAAAUCCUCAACUACAACAGCAACAACCCAACAACGCACAAAAUCAGUUGCUUGCAGACUCUAUUCAGAAAAGUGAGAACACACUGCAACACAACAAAUUCACGGAGAGACGAACAAAAUUACUUGAUAUCCAUCCUAAAGCGGAACGCUUACCCACGAAACUUUGUCAGAAGAUGCCCAUCCCGUACCUCAUCAACUACAAAGUCAUCGACAGAAAUCAGUAAACGCAUCAUUCUACCAUACAUAAAGAGUAUAUCAGAGAUCACGAGAAGAUUACUGAGACCACUUGAUGGGAUUGGUGUGGCUCAUAAAUCAACAAAUUCCUUUCAAACAGUAGUAUGCAAAUCAGAGGAUACAACAACCAGAGAAGACAAACGGAAUAUCAUUUCAAAAUCAACUGCAAUAACUGUAGUCGACACCACACUGGGUGAAAUGGUCACCCUCUUCACCUUCGUCUACAUGAACACCAAUCGGUUAUUCUCAACGUGACAAGAUUUCAUCACUCAUCACUCAAUGCAUGUGGAUAACAACUGUGGACAUGAAUUCAAUGUGGACAAUGUAUAAAUGUUGGCUGGAGAGAGGAAACACAAAGAUUAUGAGAGAAUUCGUAGAAGCUUGAUAUUGAGGUCAGUCAGUCAGUCAAUCAUCAAUCAAUAGAUGUACAGACGUAGACCCGAUCUAUCCACCAAUGAGUGGAAUGAUAAACGACAGAGAGGUCAGAGGUGAAGCAGAGGGACAACCAACAAGGAAAUCUAUGCACUCGAUGAUACGACAAUCAACGAAACUGUUAUGGGUUCGAGGCGCUAAUGGUGUAUGUAUAUAUUCCGAAACGAAUGUAAUACGCGCGCUUAGCUGACAGCUAACUUGGUACACAAGAGACACUGGCUGCAACCCCGGGACGAAUAGAGAGAAGAUCGAGGCUGGCAGAUGGAAGAGUGUAUCACUCCGAGAAUAUAACAACAACGAAUCAAUCCAAAACACGUGAAUAAGUGUACACAUGAAAAAUGACCUUGUCCGCAAUUGGAGAAAUUCGCAUAGUAAGAGUAAAAGUUAACCAAUUAGCGAUUUACAUUACAAUGAGGGCAGAAAUAGACCAUUAGCCAUACCGUAAAAGUAAUGUGGGAAUGACACGUUAAAGUGUUCAGAUGAAUAACAAUGUUUUACACAAGACUGGGGCAUCACAGCAGAAACAAUCAGUCACACACCACUUUGUCAGACUAAGCUACCGAUUCACUUACGAAGAGAUAUUGAUAGUUCAUUUCAUUUUGAAGUUUGUGCUGCUGAUGGUGUUCUCUGGAAAGACAAUGAAAGCUUCGGGACUAGACCAUCUGGCUGAGAGAAUGCAACAUAACUAAAACUGAUCAGAUUGGUUUUUCCAGGUCAUUUACGUUUGCAUUUCAUUGUCUUAAUUUUAUUGUUGUCGGCGUGGAGAGUAAACAAUGAACAAACAUUUAAUCUGUAAAUCUAAUCCUUCUUACUUUCUGAAAUAAAUAUUUAUCAGGUAAAUUCAUAGACAACAUACUCCGUUAUAGAUACCUAGUGAACAUUGAACCACCUUCUGUAUCAUGGACGAAAAGAAGUUAUCCUGUG